AUGACUGUGGAACUUUUGGAAUGUAUUCAAUAUCUUCAUGGAUUGGAUCCGCCGAUCAUUCAUAGAGAUAUAAAAUCGCAUAACGUUUUAAUUUCCCAAAAUAACAAUAGAUUUUUAAAACUAUGUGACUUUGGUUUGGCUACCGAUCACAGGGGGUUAUCCAUGAGCCACACUCUAGGCGUCGGGACAGCAAAAUAUAUGGCACCAGAAGUUGGUUUUACCACAAAGUAUGACAUUAAAGUAGAUAUAUAUAGUCUUGGAAUAAUUGGACAUGAAUUGUUUGGAUUCUUUGAAAAUAAUAUCGAUUAA